UGGAUUGUUCGUUCGUUGUUGAACGAUCAAUCUUUUGUGUCCCAAAUCUUUAGUUUAGUACUGUUCUAACGGGAAAUUCGCCAAGAAGAAAAUUGAAGAAGAAUGUUCGACUUACCAGGAAAUAAACUAGMAAGAUGAGUGAACAAGAACAUAAACAUGGACAAAUGUCCAGACAAACUGAAAUSGCAGAUACUCAAAGAAUAAAGCAAGAACCACAUAGCAUUAGCUCMUACAAUAAAGAUAUUGAAUCAGAACCAAGUCAAGUGAAUGGAGAUAACUUAGACCAAUCGUUUGAAGGGGAUAGCCMCUCUGAAAUGGAAGACUUGGGAUGUGUUAUAUGUAUAAAGUGYAACAAGUGGUUUGAAUCGACAAAACAUUUGGAACGCCAUGAGGAARUAGUCCACAAAURUGAAAAAUCCUAUAAGUGUGUUUAUUGUGAUAAAAUGUUUGCACAUCAGAACAGCUGUAAUGUUCAUCAGGAAUCACAUGUGUAYCAUGAAACAGUGGAGGAAAGUGGUGAUAAAGUUUUCAUUAGUGCUCAAAAUGAUGGUAAGAAAAUARGUUCUGAUCAAGCAGAGAAAGAAUUUGAGGAACAGGAAAAACAAGGAAAAACAUCAGAGGAUACAAAUUGUCACAGAGACUUUAUAGCAGGGAUGAGUAAUUUAGAAGAUAAUCAAUGUCACAAAGACAACAAACCAUUUAAAUGUACAAUAUGUAAUAAAGGUUUUUCAAGGAAGAGUAAUCUAAUUAGUCACCAUCGUACUCACAGYGGAGAGAAACCAUUUCAGUGCACAAUCUGCAAUAAAGCUUUUUCAGUGAAGUCCAAUUUAAAGAACCACCUUUUCAUCCAUAAUGAAGAGAAGCCAUUUAACUGUGCAAUAUGCAGUAAAGCCUUCAGACAAAAAUCCCAAUUGAAAUUCCAUCUACAGAUCCACAAUGAGGAGAAACCUUUUAACUGCACAACAUGUGAUGAUGCUUUUAGAUCAAAGAUUCAAUUGCAGAUCCAUCAACAAGCUCAUCAUGGUGUAGAGAAGCCUUUUGAGUGCACAGUCUGCAAUAAAACCUUUUCUUUAAAGACGAACCUGCAAAGGCAUCAGCAAACACACACAGGAGAAAAACCAUUUAAGUGUACAAUCUGCAGUCGAGAAUUUGCAUUGAAAGCAAACUUACAAAGACAUCAUCUAAUACACACUGGAGAAAAACCAUUUAAGUGCACAGUGUGUGAUAAAGCCUUUGCAUUGAAUGAUGGCCUAAAAUGCCACCUCCGYACACAUAGUGGAGAAAAACCAUUUCAGUGUUCAAUCUGCAAAAAGACUUAUUCUAUAAAGGCUAAUUUGAAAAGACAUCAACAAACUCACAGCCGGGAGAAUUCUUUGAAAAAAAGUGACUUUUCUGGUAUAAGCUUAAAAAGCAUGAAUGAAGAACAACAAGAAAACACCACAACCAAUUUGUCAUGGUUGGCUUAUGAUGGAAAUGAAUCUGAAUUGGCAUGUGGCCAGCCUUAUUUACCUUACAGCUCAUUUGAUAUUUUUGUUUUUAUUGUGGUAGUUUCUGGUAUAAGCUUAAAAAGGAUGAAUGAAGAACAACAAAAAAACACCACAACCAAUUUGUCAUGGUUGGCUUAUGAUGGAAAUGAAUCUGAAUUGAAAAUAAGAUCACAAGAUGGUCAUUGUCUAUUUACCAUGAAGAGCUUCAAUGAGAAAUGUGCUAUAGGAUUGCGUGAUAUUGCAGAGAUAAAACAAGCAGGGCAAUAUGACUAUGAAGAACAUAUGGAUAACAGUCCUAAUAAUUACUCACAACAACAAGACAGCAGCCAAACUUGCGACAGUGAUUCAACUGGUCAACUUAAAGUCAGCCAUGACAUUGUGUCUGAAGAAUUUGAAUGCAUAUGCAUCAAGUGUAACAAAUGGUUUAAAAGUGAGAGGCACCUGGAAAGCCAUGAAACUAUAGUACACAAAGGAGAAAGGCCUUUUACAUGUACUUAUUGUGGUAAAGUAUUUGCACAUAAAAAUGCAUUGAAGAUUCAUAACGGAAUACAUAUGAAAAUAACAGCAGAGAAAACAUAUACUAGUACUAAUACUACAGCAGAAGACAACAGCAAGUUUAAGUAUCCUUUAACAAACCUGUUUUGUUGUUUCAUUUGUAAYAAAGAYUUACAGUUCAGAUKUGAUGGUGACAUAAAAGAGCAUUACCAAAUGCACAACCAAAAGCCUUUUCAGUGCACAAUUUGCAAUGAAUCUUUUGCACUAAAGACUGCGUUAGAGUCCCACAUUCAAACAAGCUGUGGACAAAAGCCAUAUAUGUGUAAAUUUUGUGCUAAACCAUUCAAGUAUGCAAGCAAAUUAAGAAGUCAUGAAUGCACACAUAUUGAUGAGAAGCCAUUUAWAUGCACAAUCUGUAAUAAAGCCUUCAAACGAAAAAUUGAAUUAAAGAGUCACCAUGAAAGACACAGCGAAAAAAAUGUAUGUCAGUGCACAAUUUGCAAUGGUUACUUUGCUUCAAGAAGUUCAUUACGGAUACAUAAAAUUGUACACAGUGAAGAGAAGCCGUUUCAAUGAGAAGCCGUUUCAAUGUACAAUUUGCGAUAAAACUUUUAAAAGAAAGAGAUACUUGAACGUCCACUUGAGAGUACAUACUGGCGAGACACCUUACAAGU